AUGAAAAGUCUGCGAAGAGACUUUUCCUCAAACCCGCAGGCCCAGAAUGUGUCCAGCAAGGUCUUCGUCAGGUCCACGAAAAGUGGCAAGGUUCAGAAAAUAGUCCGCGAGUUAUAUCUCAGGCAAGAUAUUCCAUGCUCUUCAAAGCUAUGCACAAUCUGCCCGACCUACGCGCCAGCAGAUGCAGAUGGAAAUAUAAAACCGUUCGUCCUAUCCGAUCGGCCUGCCGGUACUGAAGCUUUCCCCAAGGGUCAUUAUAUCGUGCCGGAUACAAAUGCUUUGCUGAAUGGAAUGGAUGUGUUCGAGCACACUGGCGCAUUUUACGAUGUGAUUAUUCUGCAAACCGUCCUAGAAGAGCUCAGAAACCUCUCCCUUCCCCUCUACAACCGCCUCAUAUCGCUUAUAAAAUCGGAUGAAAAACGCUUUUACCUUUUCUUCAACGAAUUCCGUCUCGAAACAUACGUCCGCCGACAGAAUGACGAGUCUAUCAACGACCGGAACGAUAGGGCUGUGCGCACUGUCGCUCAGUGGUACGGCGAACAUCUUCGUCAAGCCGUGAAAAAGGGGAAAUCAGUUCCCACAAUCGUCGUGCUCACCGAUGACAAGGAGAAUCUACGCAGAGCAAAAGAGGAAAAUGUCGUGGCACUGUCUCUCUCCGAUUAUGUGUCAGGACUUGAGGACGCAGACACGUUAAUCGACAUGAUCAAUGAUUCACGGGAAGAACGAGGACAAAGGACAGAGUUUUUUUACCCGGAAUACUAUUCCAUGUCAAAGAUGAUGACAGGAGUACGAGCGGGUACUAUGCAUCAAGGCAUAUUCAACAUCUCCCCAUACAAUUACUUGGAGGGCUCCGUGAAAGUAGCUGCGUUUGAUAAACCGCUUUUAAUUCUUGGUCGUGACAACAGCAACCGAGCCGUUUCGGGUGAUGUUGUUGUCGUUGAAGUGUUACCGAAAGAUCAAUGGAAAUCACCCUCUUCAAAGAUCAUCGAUGAGGAAGCAGUUACCAGAAAUGAGGACCCGGAAAACGAAGAGACAGAAAUUGUUGUUACUGAGAGAGAGAAGAAGGCUUUGCAGGAAGAAGUGAGGCAGGCGCAUGGAAAGAAUGCCGAGGGAAAAGCUCAGCCCACUGCUCGAGUUGUGGGGAUCAUCAAGCGCAAUUGGCGCCAAUAUGUCGGACACGUCGAUUCUUCAUCGACAUCUCUCCAGAGCAAUGCAGGAAGACGCCAGCAAACUGUUUUCGUACUGCCCAUGGAUAAACGUAUCCCUAAGAUUCGAAUCAGGACUCGGCAAGCAGCCGAGCUUCUUGGCCAAAGGAUUUUAGUGACUGUUGACAGCUGGGAUCGCGACUCCCGGUAUCCCACUGGUCACUUUGUGCGCUCACUGGGAGAACUCGAAACCAAGGGAGCAGAGACGGAAGCACUUCUCCUUGAGUACGAUGUGCAGUAUCGGCCAUUCCCGAAAGUGGUUCUCGACUGUCUGCCUUCUGAGGGCCAUGACUGGAAGGUUCCUACGCGCACAGAUGAUCCCGGCUGGCAAAAUCGUAAAGACUUGCGAGAUCUUCUGGUUUGCAGUAUCGACCCCCCAGGUUGUCAAGAUAUCGACGAUGCUCUUCAUGCGCGCCUCCUGCCAAACGGGAACUAUGAAGUGGGAGUCCACAUUGCUGACGUCUCAAACUUUGUCCAGCCAAAUAAUGCCAUGGACCUCGAAGCAAGUCUGCGCGGCACGACUGUCUAUCUGGUGGAUAAGAGAAUUGAUAUGCUUCCAAUGCUGCUGGGAACUGAUUUGUGUUCUCUCAAGCCUUAUGUAGAACGAUUUGCGUUUUCUACCCUCUGGGAAAUGACACCUAAUGGGGAAGUAGUCUCCGCCGAUUUUACAAAAUCUGUGAUUCGGUCACGUGAGGCUUUUAGUUACGAACAAGCUCAGCUACGAAUCGACGAUGCAUCGCAAACCGAUGAGUUGACUCAAAGUAUGCGCACGCUGUUGCACAUGUCCAAGAUCCUACGGCAGAAACGAAUGGACGCUGGCGCGUUGAACCUUGCAUCUCCCGAGAUCCGCAUUGAAACCGAGUCGGAGCUCAACGACCCUCUCACUGAUGUCAAGACGAAAGCGCACUUGGCGACAAACAGCCUUGUCGAGGAGUUCAUGCUUCUCGCCAAUAUUACAGUAGCCUCCAAGAUCUACAGCGCAUUCCCUCAAACCGCUCUAUUACGCAGACAUGCAUCGCCGCCCCCUCAGAAUUUUGAGCAAUUGGCUACACAGUUGCAAAAGAAGCGCGGACUCAAGCUUGAUGUUUCUAGCUCAGGAGCUCUGGCCGACUCGCUGGACGCGUGUGUCGACCCGCAGAAUCCGUUCUUCAACACUUUGAUCCGUAUUCUGGCUACAAGGUGCAUGACAUCGGCAGAGUAUUUCACAGCUGGUGCCCAUGCUGAAGCGGAGUUCCGGCAUUAUGGUCUUGCUUCGCCCAUUUAUACUCACUUCACAUCCCCCAUUCGUCGCUAUGCCGAUCUUGUCGUGCAUCGACAGCUUGCCGCUGCGAUUGGGUAUACCUCAGCGGAGGGCCUCAGCCGACGGAGUCAGCUAGAGGACGUCUGCAAGAACAUCAAUUUCCGUCAUCGUAAUGCGCAGUUUGCAGGACGAGCCAGCAUUGAAUAUUACGUCGGCCAGGCGCUGAAGGCUCGGGGCGAGAUGAUGGCCAAGAACAAGGGUAACGACAAGAACGUCGGAGUCGAUGAAGAAGGGUAUAUUAUGCGCGUCUUUGAGAACGGUGUGGUUGUUUUCGUUCCUCGGUUCGGUAUUGAAGGCAUUGUGCGACUGGAAGAUUUUAUGUUGCCCGGGGAAAAGGUGCUCCCGAAUGUGCAUGACCCUGAGCAAAUGCGAGAGGUCGCCCAUCGGCGUGAGAGCGAAUAUGACCCGGAGGAAUAUACUCUGCGUGUCUGGGACAAGAACCACCAGGAAACUGAACGAUCUCUGGUCGUCGAACUGUUCGAAAGGGUCCAGGUGAAUGUGAGCUCAGUCAAGGAGGAAGGGGGCCGCGGUGCAGGCAAACGCAAGGUCCGGAUGCUCAUUCUUGGGAAAUUAUGA